AUGAGAUACUUGAUGGAGGAGGUGACUGUUGAAAAAGAUACUGUGAUAGCCAGGAUUAGAAGUGACCAUGGAAGAGAAUUUGAGAAUACCAAGCUAGCUACCUUCUACAAUGAACAAGGCACACAUCAAGAGUUCUCCUCACCCAAGACACCACAACAAAAUGGAAUAGUUGAACGGAAAAAUAGGGUUGUUCAGAAGAUGACAUGUGUCAUGCUACACAAUAAAAAGUUGCCAAAAUCUUUCUGGGGAGAAGCAGUUAACACUGCUUGUCAUACACUCAACCGGGUGUAUUUCAGACCUGAUUCCAAGAAGACUCCUUAUGAACUCUGGAGAAGAAAGAAGCCGGUUGUUAAGUAUUUCAGGAUAUUUGGUAGUGAUUGUUACAUUCUACGUGAUAGAGAGAACUUAGAAAAAUUUGAUGCAAAGAGUGACAAGGGAUAUUUUCUAGGGUACUCCUCUACUAGUAGAGCAUAUAGAGUAUAUAAUCUAAGAACCAAAACAGUCAUGGAAUCGUCAAAUGUUGUGAUCAAUGAUGAAGUAUGUCUAGUAGCACAUUCAGAAAGUACUGCUCCGAUUCAAGAUAAGCCUAUGGAGGUUAAUGACUCACUUCUUGUUGAUUAUGUUGGGAAACAUAGUGAUAAGGAUUUGAUGGUGUUGAAUGAUGCAGUUUCUGUGCCAUCAAGUCUUGAACCAUCCACUCCGGUUCAUGAGACUCAACAGGCUCAACAUGAGUUUAGUCUUUCAUCAAAACAGAAAGGAGAUAAAUCACUGUUCAAGACACUCAAAGAGAAGGUUGGUGAUUAUGUGACUUUUGGUGAUGGAAGUCAUGCUCAAGUUCUCGGUAUAGGGACUAUUGAUAUACCUGGAUUACCUCUAUUGAAAGAUGUAUUAUACAUCAAAGGGCUGAAGGCAAAUCUUUUGAGCAUCACUCAAACAUGUGAUGAGGAUUUCCUUGUCCAAUUCUCGAAGAAGGGAUGCUUAAUCAUCAAUGAAGAAGGGAUUCAAGUCUUGGAGGGAAAUAGGACUACAGAUAAUUGCUAUGGAGUAGUUCCUACGACACCCAUUUCGUGUAGAAGUGCUCGUGUUGACAUGUUGGAACUUUGGCAUCAUAGAUUUAGGCAUGCGAAUUUCAAACAAGUAGCUAAAGUGUCUAAAUUUGAAGCAGUUGAGGGACUUCCAAAGAGGAAAGAGGUACAUUAUGGUCAUUAUGGAUGA